AUGGCGAUAGAUGACUGGAUGAAAUUGGCUAUGGCAGACGACUCUGUCGUUGCCGACCUUCUCGUUAAGAUAAAGCACUCUGAAGGCAAAUCGCUUUUGACGUUGCCGACGCCCGCCAAUUCUUCUAGGAAGAAGGACGAGGUAUUGGACGAGACGGAGGAGGAUUCUACCAGAUGCAGCCCUACGACUCCGCUUUCUUGGAACGGAAGCGGCGCUUCCCCUUCCUCCGCCGCCGACGGUUUUGACGACUCUAGAAGCCCUACUCACAACAACACCACCAGAUCCAAGGCUACUGCUACAAGUGAAUAUACAAGCAACUCUGCAUCCAACAAGAAGUGUAGAAGGAGAAAGACGUUUUCUCAACUUCAAGAAGAGGAAAGCUCCCUGCUCCAGGAAAAAAUAUAUUUAACAAAGGAGAUUGCAAAUGUCAGUGCAUCUUGUAAGGCACAGAGAGCUAGAAACGAAAGCCUAAAGAGAAUGAAGCUUGACUUGGGUUCAGCACCUGAUGGAUUGCCGCAUCCAAAUUCUGACCAACCCAAAUGGACGGCGAUAACUUCCAGUGCCGCUCAAGGUGAUACUGAUACUCUUCCGCAACCACAAACAGCAGAAUCAGCCAGGAGUGUUUUCUUGGUACCAGAUCUAAAUAUGAUGCCGUCCGAGGAUGAUUCUUACAUGGACAUCGAACGCGGGAUGAGUUGAGAAAUGCCACCACGACAACAGUUCAUCCUCCAUCAUGCUGGACUCCCGAAUGUUUGAACAAGCUGAGAAACUCCCUGUUUGAACAAUUGUGGAACACUGUACAGGCCAAUAGUUUUUGUGAGGCUCUAAAUAAUAGCAAAAAUUAGAAAGGAAGUCUUGAAUGGGACAAACAAACUUGAUCCGUCUGCCAGCUCUACUGAAGGAAGAAGUGGCAGUCAUGAAUUAAGUUGUUUUUUUUUUUUAUAAUUCUUUUUUUCUUUGUUAGUUUUAGAAUUAGAGGGCUAUAUAGGUGAUGCUUAAGUAACAAGUUCCUUUAUUACUAAAUUUCAUAUGGGGUAUCUGACCUCUUUGCAUUUGAAAUUUCAAAACAUUUCAACCAUAUAAAAUGUAUCAUUCUUUGUAGGUCAAAUAUUUCGGUUUUAUUCGAUGGAUACACUUAAAUUAUCCAA